GUCAGUGAAGGCCUCGCUGACUAGGAAACUGUGGCGCGUCGGUUGCCAUGUUGGCUCUGCCGUGAGCCAAUCACGUCCAGACGGAUGAAAGCUGUUAAACACCAUGGAGACGUGACGGCCAGGUAGCGGCAGGAUGUUCAGCACAUUAAAGCACCUCCUCAGACUGACAGGUGAUGAGGUUUCUCAUGAGUCUGCUACAAUAAACGAACAGAGCCACAGCAUCACUGAGUCCAGGGUCUUUAGGACAGAAACUACAAACAUGGAUAUGUCAAAUCUGCCUAAGAUCCAGGAUGAGGAGCAAGAAAGCAAAUUUGGAUUUGUGCAUGGAGUUUCUGGACCAGUGGUCACAGCCACUGCGAUGGCAGGAGCGUCCAUGUAUGAACUGGUUCGUGUAGGUCACAGCGAGCUGGUGGGAGAAAUCAUCCGUUUAGAGGGAGACAUGGCGACGAUCCAGGUCUACGAGGAGACUUCCGGUGUGUGUGUCGGUGACCCUGUCCUUCGCACAGGAAAGCCCCUCUCUGUGGAGCUGGGACCCGGGAUCAUGGGCGCCAUCUUUGACGGCAUCCAGCGUCCUCUGAAGGAGAUCAGCGACCUCACGAAGAGCAUCUACAUCCCAAGAGGAAUCAACAUCAGCGCCCUCAGCCGAGACAUCAAAUACGAAUUCACCCCCAGCAGGAGCGUUCGCGUCGGCAGCCACGUAACCGGGGGCGACAUCUACGGCGUGGUGUUUGAGAACUCCCUCAUCAAGCACAAGAUGAUGCUCCCGCCUCGUAAGCGAGGCACCGUCACCUACCUGGCGCCGCCGGGGAACUACGACCUCUCUGAUGUGGUGCUGGAGCUCGACUUUGAAGGCGUGAAGGAAAAGCUGACCAUGAUGCACGUGUGGCCUGUGCGACAAAUCCGCCCAGUGGUGGAGAAGCUGCCUGGGAACUACCCUCUGCUGACGGGUCAGCGGGUCAUGGAUGCGCUUUUCCCCUGUGUGCAGGGCGGCACCACUGCCAUCCCAGGAGCCUUCGGGUGCGGAAAGACCGUGAUCUCCCAGUCGCUGUCCAAGUACUCCAACAGCGACGUCAUCAUCUACGUCGGCUGUGGCGAGCGAGGGAAUGAGAUGUCUGAAGUGCUGCGGGACUUUCCUGAGCUGACUAUGGAGGUGGACGGCAAAACCGAGAGCAUCAUGAAGAGAACCGCGCUGGUUGCCAACACCUCCAACAUGCCUGUGGCAGCCAGAGAGGCCUCCAUUUAUACAGGGAUCACGCUGUCUGAGUACUUCCGUGACAUGGGCUACAACGUGAGCAUGAUGGCCGACUCCACGUCUCGAUGGGCCGAGGCCCUGAGGGAAAUCUCCGGACGUCUGGCUGAAAUGCCCGCAGACAGUGGGUAUCCGGCCUACCUGGGAGCCAGGCUCGCCUCCUUCUACGAGCGCGCCGGGCGGGUGAAGUGUCUGGGAAGUCCGGAGAGAGAAGGCAGCGUCAGCCUCGUGGGCGCCGUGUCGCCCCCUGGAGGAGAUUUCUCAGAUCCAGUCACCUCGGCCACGCUGGGAAUCGUCCAGGUGUUCUGGGGUCUGGACAAGAAGCUGGCGCAGAGGAAGCACUUCCCCUCCCUCAACUGGCUCAUCAGCUACAGCAAGUACAUGCGCGCCCUGGACGACUACUACGACCGGAACUACCCCGAGUUCGUCCCCCUGCGCACAAAGGCCAAGGAGAUCCUGCAGGAGGAGGAGGACCUGGCGGAGAUCGUGCAGCUGGUGGGCAAGGCCUCUCUUGCUGAGAGUGACAAGAUCACCCUGGAAGUGGCCAAGCUCAUCAAGGAGGACUUCCUGCAGCAGAACGGUUACACCGCCUACGACAGAUUCUGCCCCUUCUACAAAACCGUGGGCAUCCUGUCCAACAUGGUGGUCUUCUACGAACUGGCGCAGCACGCUGUGGAGACCACGGCCCAGAACGAGAACAAGGUCACCUGGACCAUGAUCAAGGAGCAGCUGGGAGACGUGCUGUACAAGCUUAGCUCCAUGAAGUUCAAGGACCCCGUGAAGGACGGAGAAGCUAAGAUCAAGGCAGAUUACGCCCAGCUGCUGGAGGAGAUGCAGAACGCCUUCCGGGCUCUGGAGGAAUGAGUUCCUUCUCACAUAUCGACACCCCCCGUGCAGCACUGUGACCCCCCCUCCCUCCCCCUAGCUGACGAUGCAUCACCUUUGAUUUUGAACAUGUGCAAAAGUGUAAAUGAAUCUCAAGAGUCUCAAUAUUGAAUUAGUGGCGCCUUGACAAAUUAUAUUUACUUUCUAAUUUAAUUCAAAUAAAUUUAAUGCUCUAUUUAAAAACGUCAUGAUGUGCAGAUAAACAUGAACAAAGUUUGACAUCUUGCCUUAAAAUUCAUCCUAAAAUGUCAGAGUGUAUUUUUGACAUUGUCUCAUUUCCUCAAGAGGGGAUGAGACAGAACAAUGAACAUUAAUACAGUCCCUUUUGUCUCAACUCAGUCAUUUCUAAGAGAACAGUGUCUCUCACAUGAUUCAAUAAUGUACCAACGUUUACUGUCACAGAUUAAGUGGAUGAUUUGCUCCGACAACACAAAAACUGUACAUGAUCAGUUCGAUUUGUGGGGUCUGGUAUAAAUUGAUUGAUUAAAUCAAAUAUUAAAAUAUGUUAAAAGCAGCUUACAUUUUUUAAAGAUGGAACUUCACAGCUGAUUACUCUUUCGUGGAGGUUAAUGCUUCCUGUCUCACUGGUCGGAGGCCAAACAGAGGUGCAGCCUGUCUGCGACUCAGGCCUCCGGCUGAUAUGAGUUGUCAUAGUUUCCCAUUCACCCGUCAGACGCUGCAGCAUCUUUGCUUUUAGCUGAUGUGCGAUCUCCAGCAUAUACUGUUAGUUUGGUUUGGUCUCGCAGCAUUAAUUCCUCCAAAGUAGAUUAGCGUCAGUAUCUCGGGUUCCGGGCUCCAUCAAGACUAAUGGAAGCGUAGCCCUCAGGAGCAAGAGCAGCAUCUUUCCCCCUGCAUUGAUUCGGCCUGUCCAGACGAACGCUGGGCAUUAAGGGCUUUCAGUG